UUUACCAGCCGAGAUAACCCCGUGGGGCAAACCAAGAGAUGAUAAUUGGUGGAGAAAACAUGGGCCAACUCCUUCAUCCUCCAGUUCGUCUUCUCCUGAUCAUCCUCAUCUAGUCAUCGACUUGAUCUCACCAGGAAGAGUAGUAAGCUCUCGUCCCCUUCAUCAAGGAUUUGAGGAGAGGGACGCAAAGCACAUACACCUUCCUCCUCCGGCCAAAUUGUGCGUUUUAGCAGGUUACCAUGGAUUCAAGGUUAAGUUUUUUAAUUCUUAUGCUGGUAAUCAGCUUUGUCUCUGCAAAUGCCAGGAGUUUAGCUAGUUUGGAUGUGUUCGUUGUGGAAGUGGAUAAUGAGAUUCAAAGUGAAAGUCAUAUUAUAAGGAAUGAAAGGUUUUGCACUCUGUGUGAAGAAUUUGCUUCUCAGGCUAUGCACUAUAUUGGUGAAAAUGAGACACAGACUCAAAUUAUCAGUACCCUUCACAAAGCUUGUUCCAAGCUGCAUUCUCUCAAACAACAGUGUGUUAUAUUGGUAGACUACUAUGCACCAAUGUUUUUCUUAGAAGUUUCAACAAUAAGCCCGGAGCAGUUCUGUGAUAAGGUGAACCUCUGUGACGAGACUACCCAAGUGAGUUUGUCCAAGAGUGAUGAUGCCUGCACACUUUGCCAAAAUGUCAUUGGAGAGGUUCUUUCCAAACUUCAAGAUCCUGACACUGAGCUUGAGGUGAUUGAGAUACUUCUGAAAGGAUGCAACAAGAUGGAAAAUUUUGCCCAAAAGUGCAAGAAACUGGUAUUCCAAUAUGGACCGCUGAUCUUGGCUAAUGCCGAGAAGUUCCUCGAGAAAACUGAUAUCUGCACUUCGAUCCAUGCAUGCAAGAAAAGCCAGCAAGAUGUAGUCUCCUUUCUUGCCAGUGCCUAAGGAAUUGGACAUAAUUUACCAGCUGCCACUGUUAUUUAGCAAUAAUCUGCAUCGUUUGGUGUCCUGUAAAUUGCACAUAAGCUUUCGCUCCCACUAUGUAUGUUGAUGCACUUAAUCUUGUACUUAAUUGACCAUCAAAUGGGCUUUGGGAUAGCUGAUAUUACAUUGCA